UACCAUUAGGAUCUCUAUUCCCCUGCUCCUGCCAUUAGGAUCUCUAUUCCCCUGCUCCUGCCAUUAGGAUCUCUAUUCCCCUGCUCCUGCCAUUAGGAUCUCUAUUCCCCUGCUCCUGCCAUUAGGAUCUCUAUUCCCCUGCUCCUGCCAUUAGUAUCUCUAUUCCCCUGCUCCUGCCAUUAGGUUCUCUAUUCCCCUGCUCCUGCCAUUUCUCCUCCUUCACUGUCCAUAUCAUGCUUUUUGCCUCUACCUUGCUCAUUGAAACUACCACAUCAUCCUCAAUACUUAAUACUUGCUUAGCCAGUACAUCAACUGCCUCGUUCCCCUCCACUCCCACAUGAGCUGGGACCCAUGUAAAUAUGAUCUGUAUACCCAUUUGUUUACUCCUGCCAUGGGUUUGUAUCACCUCAUAAAGCAGGUCUUGUCUGCUACGUGAUAUAAAGGACUGGAGACUCCUUAGCACUGCACAUUAAUCAGAGCAAAUAACUACUCUGUCUGGCUUAACUCCUCCACCCACUGCAAGGCCAACAGUAUGGCCAUCACCUCUGCCAUAUAUACAGACAGAUGAUCUGUAACACGUUUCCUGACUCUCACCCCACAUUCCUGCACUACAAAUGCUGACCCAGUACGUCCUGUCCUUGGAUCUUUUGAACCAUCUGUGUAAAUGGCCACAACAUCCUGAUAUACACAGUAUCCAGACAUCUCUUAAACCAAUCAGAUGGAUCAACACCCUGCCUAUCUUUCUGUAGUCUCUCCAAUACUUCUAGAUCUACUACUGGGGGUGGGAGGAGCCAUGGUGGAUUCACAGGGAUAGCUACCGUUGGACUAAACUCUCUUCCAUCUCCUUUACCUGGGUAUUACCCACCUACCCAAAGCUCGUAUUACCCACUUACCCAAUAAUUCAUUGCCAUCUGCUGUGUGUUUUACUCCAUUCAUUGUGUGUUUUACUCCAUUAUGUUAGAUAUUAUAAUCUCAACAAGAAGUGAAGACCCCAACUGAUUAAAAAUAUAUUUACUCUUUACGGAAAUUGAUCAGAGAGCCUUCAAAAUGGUUGCUGCAGGUCGGGUCACCAGUUAACCAUCCCUGAUAUAGCGCUAUAAAAUAAAACAAAACUUUGGGAGAUUUGUGUUACAUAUUUGAAUAAUUUAAUGUUAGAAUGAAACAAUGAAGACUUUUAAACCUUUCUUGGAAAAUGCAUGUAAAAAUGAAAUGGCUUUUAUGGUGUCUGACGGAGUUGACAUCAAUCCAGUUAGUUGCAUUUUCAGAAAAUAUUUAAGAAGGAGAUUGUUUGGUUAAUAUUAAUAAAAAAUAUUUGUGGGAAAAAGGUAGGGGUUUGUCGCGUCAAGAAUCCCUGAGAUACAUUGUCAUUGGUCUGUAGCGCGUAAUAAAACUCCAUCUCCAUGGGGGCGCUGUGAUGUGAUAAUGGGCUCGUUACCCGCUGAUAAAAACAGAACAAAAGGGAAGUACAUCUGAGAGCGGGUUUGUUUCAUUUGCGUCCACCAUUUUUUCCUCGUGGAUGUAAACAUACUACCUAAAUACCCAACUCUCAGUCGACUGAAAUAUGUCUAAACUACAUUCGUUUCGUGUGUUUUUAAAUGAGCGUUUAACGGCGGCAGCUGUGGAGAUUUUCGGGGCAGUUGAAGAAACAGUGGCGGAGUACCAGGAGGAGAAUGAUCGGCUACGGAGACUGCUGCGGAUCACACCGGAGAUAAAACUAUGUAGAAUAGAUUCCCUGCAGCUCUCUCUUGCUGUCUCUGAAGAGAAGGUUCUCCCUGAGCAGCAGCACUGUGAGCAGGAGUGGAGCCCCAGUCUGGGGCAGGAGAACCCAGAGCUUCCACAGAUUAAAGAGGAACAGGAGGAACUCAGGACCAGUCAGGAGGAAGAGCAGCUUCAGGGGCUGGAGGCUGAGUUCAAAUUCACUCCUUCCUGUGUGAAAAGUGAAUGUGAUCAGGAGGACUCACUUCAGUCCAUGACUCUUCACCAAACCCAGACUGUGGAGAACAGAGAGAGUGACCCUAAACAAGUGGAUCUCACACCUUUUGUUACUGUGACCCACCUUAAGGGUCUCCACAUUCCCUGUGACCUUCCAGAUAAUCACAACGGUUCUUCCAGCCAAUGCUCAGUCGUAAGCAGAAACCCAGUAGGACUUAACAGCAACCCGCCAUUGGAUCCCAGCUCAUCAUUGAAUCCAAACCCAUCAAUAGAUGAACACUGUUCCAAACCCAGCACCACGCUUAGAAAAACUCGCCACUGCCGUGACUGUGGUGAAAUGUCUGCUCUGAAAGCUGACCUGCAGAGGGAUUUGACUCUCUCCAAGAAGAGACUCAGCGAAUGCCGCUUCUGCAGAAAACGAUACAACUCCACCUGUAAACUGAAGGCCCAUGUCUGCUUCUGUCAAAGUGGAAAACUCUGCACCUGUUCUGUUUGUGGCAAGACCUUCAAACUCAAAGGAGAUCUGUCCAAGCACAUGAGGAUUCACACAGGGGAGAAACUAUUUAGCUGUGGUGACUGUGGGAAAAGCUUCAAUCAGAAAGGGUCCCUAAAGAACCAUCAACUGACUCACACAGGAGAGAAACUAUUUAGCUGUGAUGACUGUGGGAAAAGCUUCAAUCAGAAGGUGAACCUAAAGAACCAUCAACUGACUCACACAGGAGAGAAACCAUUUAGCUGUGGUGACUGUGGGAAAAUGUUCAAUUGUAAGGAACACUUAGUCAUACACAUGGUGACUCAUACAGGAGAGAAACCAUUUAUCUGUGAUGCUUGUGGGAAAAGCUUCAGUCACAAGGGGUCCCUAAAGAAGCACACACUGACUCACACAGGAGAGAAACUAUUUAGCUGUGAUGACUGUGGGAAAAGCUUCAAUCAGAAGGUGAACCUAAAGAACCAUCAACUGACUCACACAGGAGAGAAACCAUUUAGCUGUGAUGCUUGUGGGAAAAGCUUCAGUCAGAAAGGGUCCCUAAAGAAGCAUACACUGACUCACACAGGAGAGAAACCAUUUAGCUGUGAUGACUGUGGGAAAAGCUUCAAUCAGAAGGUGAACCUAAAGAACCAUCAACUGACUCACACAGGAGAUAAACCAUUUAGCUGUGAUGCUUGUGGGAAAAGCUUCAGUCAGAAAGGGUCCCUAAACAAGCAUACACUGACUCACACAAUGAAGUCAGAACUGACUGAUGACUAAAUUAGCAGUGCAGAUGGCAUUAUUUUGUUAAGUGCAGAGAUGAAUUAUAGGUAAUAAAUGUGCAGAGGACUUCUGAAAUUCUACAGAUUUUGUGGCGCAGCAGAAAGUUCAGCAUAUCCCAAAUCCAGAGGUUGUGAGUUCAAAUCCCAGGUGGGGUCAUAUUGAAAAGUCUACUGAGUCAUGUCAAAUGUAAUCAUAUUGUCAUUGCUUACCUUUUUUUUACACCAUUUUAGCUAAACAGUGUAUCACUAACCUUAACAGACUACAUGGUCCCAAAUAAAAUACAAUUGUAUUGGUCACAUACACAUAUUUA